CUUGCUGUUGCUGUAGUGCUGAACAAUAUUAUCAUCGCUCUCCUCAGUUUCCUCUUUACAAUUAGCAUCAGUGCCUAUAUAGCCGAUACAGAUAUCGUUUAUUAUUACCAGUUCGAAACAUCAGGUUCGCUCGAAUACUUGAUAGAUGUCGCGGAGGAGUACGAUGAAGAAGGAACAAUAUUCGCAAUAUUUGGACCUGUGAACCGUGUUUUUCUUCUACUUUACGACAUCGCACCAUUCAUAGCUCUGGUUAACGGCCUCGUGGAACUUGUGGAUAGCGUAAAAGAAGCUAACUGGACAUGGCUCUUCUCACCCACACCCGAUCAUCCAUCCUACGACCGAAUUCAUGAGCUAGACUCGUACGAAAAGGAUUUCCCUACUCAAGAAACACCAAUGCUCGAACAAAAAUCUUCGGAGGGCAUGGUGGCCGCUAAAACAACCCCUUCUACAGGAACUCUUUCGAAUGAGAGUGCAGAACCUAUGUUACGGAAGAGUAAAUUACCUACAAGACGAAUUAAGCAGUCGGCAGAAGCGCUGCUACGUACUAAAGAAGCGUUGCGACGUUCUAAAGAAGCUAAGCAGAAGAAAUUUGGUGAAGAGCAAGGAACACAGUCAGAAAGGUCACGUCAGAAGCCAGUUAAACCGCAAGACACUCCAAUUGGAGCUGUUGCAGUAAGUGGUUCGAAAGAGAAGGGUGGAUUAAGUAAAGAAGGAAAAGAAGCCCCCACACAAAAAACAGUAAGUUCGAAGGAAGGAGGAGUUGAGCAAAACCGAAUUCCCGAAAUCCCCACACCUGCCCCCGAGGAGGACAAAGGAGUUUCAUACUCCGGCGAAGCAAUACCCAACAAAGGAGUUUCAUACUCCGGCGAAGCUAUACCAAAGAAAGGAGUUUCAUACUCCGGCGAAGCAAUACCAAAGAAAGGAGUUGUCGGCUCAUCAAACGAAAACCCCAUGGUAAUGGCUGGAGACAAAAAUCGCGCUAGCAAAGAACUACGUGGCUCUGUAGAACUCUGGCCAAGAAAAUAA